ACCUGGGAGACUACCCACACUUGGAGCAUAUGCUAGACAACACGAAGCACUAGAGUGCAGAGAAUCUGCCAACCGUUUCAUAGCUCUAGCUGAGUAGAUCUGCAGGUGGGCGGUGCCUAGGCCACUUAUGGAUCGCCUUUCAUUUACAUAUUACUGGCACGCCUUGUUUUUCAACAUGAUACCGUGCAGUGCAAAGUGGAGAGGACUAACGCGCUUUAGAAGAUUCUGAUUCUAUAUAACGCACGCUACAAGCAUCAAAGUGUACUUGUUAGCGGUGUUUGAGAGGUAAAUGUAGGGCACUCUUGCAUAACUUCGAAACUGAGCACAAUUAGCAGGUUGAUCCAAAAUUUCAUGACUGGUCAUCAACUACUCAAGGUCUUGUCUUGGCUUCGUUCUUUUAUGGAUACAUUGUAACUCAAAUACCUGGAGGAAUGCUAGCUGAGAAGUAUGGUGGCAAGUGGGUGUUCGGACUGGGAUGCCUUGGAACAACCAUUCUUACGCUUGUUACACCAAUUGCUGCAUACCAUAGUCUUGGAAUGUUGCUUGCUGUCAGGGUUCUUGAAGGAUUUGGAGAGGGAGUAACGUUUCCUGCUAUGCACGCCAUGUGGGCAAAAUGGGCUCCUCCCCUUGAAAAGAGCAAAUUGUCAACCAUUUCUUAUGCAGGGCCUCACUUUGGAACAAUCAUUGCACUGACAGUAUCUGGUGUUUUAUGUGAUCAUGGAUUCAAGUCUCCUCCACACAAUCAGAGAUGGCCAUCUGUCUUCUACGUGUUUGGAUUGCUGGGAUUGAUUUGGUGCUUUGCAUGGUUAUAUAUCGUGUCUGAUUCACCAAACUCCCAUCCCACGAUCUCAAAAGAAGAACGUCAGUACAUUGUGUCUAGAAUAGAGAGCGCAGCUACGAAAACUGAGAAUGACAAAGUUUCUGCUCUCUGGUUGGCUGGUCGGUUUGUACGGUCUCCAGCUGUGUGGGCUAUUGUCACAAGCCACCUCUGCAAUAAUUGGGGAUUCUACAUUUUGCUUACCAGUUUGCCAACAUAUUUUAGUGAUGUGUUGGGAUUUGAUAUCAAAAAUGAUGGAUUUUUGUCUGCUGUGCCAUUUGCUGCGAUGUUUACAACUGUCAUUCUUGGUGGUUAUAUUGCUGAUUUUCUGAGAAUGAAAAAGGUUUUGUCGACAACGCACACCAGAAAAUUAAUGAAUUCCAUAGGUCAGUUCUGUCCAGCGAUAUUCUUGAUUGCUACUGGAUAUGCCAAUAAUUCUGUUACUCUGGCAGUUGUAUUUCUUGUACUGGCUGUUGGCUUGUCAGGCUUCACUCUGUCUGGCUUCAACUGCACUCAUCUGGAUAUGGCACCUCGAUUUGCAGGAGUCUUAAUGGGUCUCACGAACACAGCAGGUACUGUGUCAGGAAUUGUAGCACCAUAUGUCACAGGAGCAAUGACCACAGCCGAUAAAUUCUCUCCAGAUAUUUUGAAAGCUCAGUGGCAAAGAGUGUUUUUUGUGUCUGCAGAAAUUUAUGCAUUUGGAGCAAUAAUUUUUUUGAUAUUGGGAUCUGCAAAGCAACAAUGGUGGGCAGAUGGGCCUCCAAAGUCUGCAAACUAUGCAGAUACUAUCAACACAUCAGACUUACAGAAUGAAAAAGGUUCAUCUGGAAUAUAUGGCUCUAUGUGAUAGUCUUGCUGUUGAUGUGAAGGUAACCAAUAAUCAUUGUAAAGUACAAAUACGUGGUGGUAAUAUAUUUAGUUGUUUUUAUUAACCGACUGUCGUUGUCCACCCAAAUUAGCGGUGUAGACAAAUGCAACACGUCUGAACUCCGCACACCCACACAGUC